UCAAAAUCUUGGCCUUUGACUAAAACAUCAAUCAUCUUAAUAGCAUCAAUUUUUAAUCCAUGGAGGUUAAAGUAUAUAUUUUUAACUACCAAAUUGGCGUUGUUUGGCCCGGUUUCAAAUUAAUUUGGUUAAGUUACUCCAUUUAAUGUUUUUAAAUAUGUUUUAACCAGAAAAUGAGUUUAAAAAAAUUGCAUAGCAUAUAAUGGGCUUAAUGCAAAUUAAUUGUUUUCAAUUCUAAAAAUACUUUCCAAAUAAACAAAAAAUCGGAAGGCGAGUAAAAAGUGUUUACAACCUAUUUUAUACAAAUUUACAAAAGUGAAAAAAAUGAACGCAAUUAUACCUGAAAAAUUUAAAAUUUGUUAAAUAUUGACAGGAUGGCAAAAACAAAAACAAAAAAAACAACAAUUCUUAUUUUAUAAACAAUGGAUAGCUAUGUACAUAAAUGCUGUUGUUAUUAUAUUCAAAUUGGAGCGAUUUUUGGCAGCUAUAAAUGACUGAUAUCUUGUGACAAAUUCAACAUUUGAGUAUCGUGUGUGAGUUAAGAAGUUCAAAUUCAAACCAUGAUUGGUGUUAAUAUUUUAUUAACUGGCUUCUUCCUUUUACCAAUAGCAGUAAACGGAUUUAAUUAUGAUAAUACCCUUAAAUGGAUCUCAGAAAAUCCAUUAUGUUCUGGGUUUAGGCAAUCUCCGAUUUCGUUGGAUAGACAAAUCUCUAGCCCCUUGGUUAUAUAUCCUAUAACAUUCCACAACUUUGAUGUCGAACUUCAGGGACCUGUUCAUGUUACUAAUAAUGGAAAUGCAGUUGAAAUGGAUGUUGAAAAUACCGUAAAUGGAUUCCAUCCUUUCAUUACUGGUGGUGGAUUAAGUGGUGUCUAUCAGGUAGAAAAUGUUCAUUUCCACUGGGGUUCUAAUCAAAUCCGAGGAUCUGAACAUGCUGUUGGUGGACAAAAGUACGAUUUAGAAAUGCACAUUGUAUGCAAAAACAUUAAGUUUGGAUCUCUCGCAGAAGCUCGUGACGAUCCAUUCGGAAUAGCUGUUAUGGGUGUUCUUUUCAAGGAAGUUGAUACUAAUAGCCUUGAACAUCCAUUAAAACCAAUUAUCGAUCUUUUACCCUCAUUGACAAAAGCCGGUUCUGUAUCACAAAUCGCUCAACCUUUAAAACUUUCGUCUCUUUUGAGUCGUUUGAACCCCAAAUAUUUCUAUACCUACAGAGGUUCCUUGACAACUCCACCAUGUUCUCAAUCUGUUACAUGGCUUGUUUUUGAACAUAUCCAAGAAAUUCCACCUAAUUCGUUACAUCAAUUUUGGAGAUUAAGGGACGCUGAUGAUUUGCCAUUGGUGAACAAUUUUAGACCACUGCAACAGCUGAACAAUAGAAAAAUUUUCUCACGCAAUGCUAAGAGGAAGUAAAUGCGAAAAUAGUGCUACACAGCUUAUAUGUAAAUUAAAUGUUUU